AUGAAAUUCCUUAAACCCAUAUUGAUAAUAAAUACAUAUUUUACUUUUUAUGUCAAAGGUAUCGAGCUGCAUACCAAGUCUAUAGAAGAGUUAGAGGUUGAUUAUGAAGACGAAAAAAAUUCGAUGAUAGCUAUUACAGAAUCAGAUGAAUAUAUUAGCGAAGAUUUUUACGAUGAAUUAGAUAAUCGACUCAGAGUAGAGAACUCUAUGGAUAUGAUAUUCUUUGGACCUCCAAACUCAUUUUUAAGAUUGGACUCUGAAACCAUAUUACACAUUUUUGCUCACACAAAAAAGCAGUUGAUACCAAUUUCUAGAGCUUUGCUAGCUUGGGAUAUUAUUACUGAUGGAAAAACUACGGCUUUUUUACAAGGACGAGAAUAUUUAGCAUUCGGUAGUCUAUUAAACGUCGUUCCUGAAGAAGAUCUGUAUUAUGUUAAUUUCGGCGAUCCUUCAGUUUUUAAAUAUUUUUCGAAAAAUGACUUGAAGAUUAGCAGCCGUAAGAUAGGCGUCCUUGUCGCGGCGUAUAGAAGGUACUAUGGAAAUAUGUGGUAUAGGAAUGGGUCUCACAUAAAUGAACUAGGAUAUAUGUUGUGUGGGUUCCCGGAUUUCGACUUAGCAAAAAUAUCACCAAUAACAUUCAAAGAAUUAACGGUCGACGUACUUGGGAAGUUGCAUAGAUGCAGUGUCAAACAAACUAAGACUCUAUACAGAAUAGCGACUCACCCAGAUGCAUACGGCGAACCAUAUAAAUGGUCUUCCCAUGAACUUGGUAGACUCAACGCACUUUUCAUAUGUAUACCAAGACAAGAAAUAAGUGCUAUCCAAUUGGAAGCAAUGACUGCUAUUACACCUUCAGUUAUAAAGUUAAUGAAUCAAAAGAAGCUAGAAUAUUUCACUAAACAACAAAUAUUGAGAAUGACACCUAAAACUCGACGCAUUUUGAUUUUACGUAUGCAACUUAAAAAUAGUCUUGAUACAAGUAAAAUAACAAAGAAGAGUUGCGGUGUUCUAAAUUUUUCCAUUGCGCUUUUAAGUUGGAGUUUCAUAGUUUCAUUCCUACUUUGCAGUUGA